AGUACCUGUUUCACUGGCGCCUGUCGAUACGCCAAGUUUGGGAAUUUGGGAAAAACGCCGAAAAUAUGUGGGAUGCAUCAAUUCCCAUACGCCACUGUCUGUGAACGGGACGUAUUCGUGUUAUAUUCUCAGGAUCAGUGCAGAAAGAAGCUUCACUUAACCCAGCGCAGACAGCAGAGGACAAUUUAAUGCACAAGGAAGCUCAACAUCAGCGAGAAUUCUCCUUUCCCACGCGUAAGCUUAUACUAUCGUACGUACGACUAAUAACAGUGGCGCGUCGUGCACCGGCCUGGAAAUGAAUGCGAGUAUGUCCGGCGCUGACUCAGUUGAAUUUAAGGCCGUAAUUUAUGGCAUUGACGAGCAUGGGCACGAGAUCUUAAAGGAGAAUUCCGAGGUUCAGAUACCGAUGUUAUUUCACCAUGUGUCGGAGUUUAAACACUUCGUAAUGGAUUUCGUUGGAAUAGAUAGCAUUGCGGAGGAGCUGGGAUUUGUUCAAUAUGAUGUUCUGUUAUAUCGUGUGAGCGACAAUAACGAGCGGUUCGCUGUGAGGACCCAGCACCAGUAUAGUAUGCAGAUGUUGAAACUGCGCGCCAACAGAAAUGACACACUUGAGAUCAUCAUCUGUAAGAAGAUCAUAGCUUGUGUCAAAGGUCGCCCAGGGUCAAUUUUGAUCGUUCCUAUGGCAUCGGGAGGUCAGUCGAUGAGACGAGACCCGGAUAUUCAGCACUCGGUGGUAUUCCAGAAAGAAGACCAGAUGGAAGAACUAGCAAUGCCAUUCAUUCAUAAUGACAUUGGUAUACCAGAACGGAGACGCAAGAAAAACCCACAGAAGGCGGAAGAUGACGAUCUAUUCGAUAAACUCCGACGAACCGAUGUUGUCCACAGAAAUGACCGACAACAGGCGACGUUUGACGAACUGGCAGCCAUGUUGAAAGAACUUAACAACUCAGCGCCGGUCUCAGAGGGCAAGUUUCUGUGUGGCAACUGCGGCAAGGAGCGCUUGGUGUGUCCUAACCGGAACAAUGUCGGAAGAGUUAAGUACUUCCGCCGGAAGCACUAUGACACUUGCGUGGCUUCCGGUGGGAAAGGAAAGAUCAGGGGCUCAAGGCAAAAUCGGCCGCAGUUCAGCGUCUUGCCUUUUGAUGGCGACGAAUCUAUUGAAGGAAGUCGAGAUAGGCCUGAGUCUGUUGAUGAGACGAUGGGAUCAGACGCUUCAAGGGAGAUAACUCCAACAAAAGAACUGAUUUAUACCGCUCCAAAUAUUGUCCAUUCCGAUAUCGUGUACGUGAAACAGGAAUGGGAUUCUUAAGAUACAAAUGUUUGUCGAUUAAUAAGACGUGCAAACCAACUCAAAAUGUAUUAUAUUAACGAAACGGUAAGAGGGUAUGAUGCAGACAGACCAAGGUCAAUGAGUGUAUCUGUAUUUCGACGGGGGCACGGGUGGCCCAGUCGUCUAAGGCGCCGCGGUUCGCUGUGCAGCGUUGCGUCCCAUGGGCACGCCAGAAACCUAUGAUUGUGGGUUCGAAUCCCGGUUCACCCCGAU